AUGGAGGAGGCUGGGAGCGACGAUCGCAUCAGCGGCCUCUCCGACGACCUCCUCCGCGACAUCCUCCUCCGCCUCCGCUCGCUCCCCGCCGCCGCGCGGACCACCAUCCUCUCCCGCCGCUGGCGCCACGUCUGGACCAGCAUCCCCGAGCUCGUCAUCGACGAGCUCCACGUGCCGGGCCGGCCGCCGAGCUCCUUCCUGCGCCUAGAGUUCGGGGCCGGGUGCGCCCAGCGGCUCGGGGUCGCCGCCCCCAUGCUCGAAGUGCUGGUCGCGUCGUUCCUCCACCACGCCCACAUCUCGGCCCCGAGGCUCGCCGAGGCCAAGGUCCAGCGCCUGCACCGGCACCACUUCGCCGACGACGUGCCUCGUCGUCUCCGGCGGCUGGACAUCACGCAGCUGUACCUAAACGCGGCGGCGCCCCCGAGGGCCCGGCGGUUCGAUGCGGUCGACGAGCUGAGACUGUCUGCCCUCAUUGGAAUGGAGGGAUACACCAGCUUCUUGGAUGAUGUAAACAACCUUCCCGUGUGUCAGACCGUAUUAUCGGUAUCGCUAACAGGGGAUCACCACGGCUUUGUUCCAACCAUGCUGCAUCUCCUCAGGAGAAGCAACGCUAUAAAGAAGCUUGUGCUGGAGACAUACACUCAGACGAAAGACCCAUGCUCGACGGCUUGUCCAUGCCGCUUGCCGGAGAGUUACAGGGCCAACAAUAUGACCCUCGAUUCACUUGAAGAGAUAGAGAUCAAUACGUUCAUGGGAGAAGAUGACCAGGUGGAAUUCUUAGAGAUGCUAGUAUCCAGAUGCAGUGCAACAAGACCUAUAAAUGUGGUGCUCAACAAGUCGUACCUUGUUCCUUUACGAACCGAGAAAGUUUCCGAGAUGAUCCGCAGCAUUUCUCGUCCAAAUCUCAGAGUCGGAUUACAUUAA